CAAGGUCGCUCACUGGCAAGACCUGCUCCAGAUCAUAGGUUUCCUGCUUCUCCUGCCUUCCACGCAGCUGAACCACCAAAACUACUGGAAGCAACCGGUGCAGCUACGCUAUUUAACCUCGCCACACAAAAUCUUCUUGGAGCUCCCCUUAUUAGCAGUAAUUGUCGCUUUGGAAAACACUAAUAGUUAUAGCAGGCAGACAAUCACUCUCGCAUACAUCAGAGUUCAGAGGAGGAGCAUCAGAAAUGGCGAAGCUGCACCGGCUCAUCUCCGUCGUGCUCCGGCUCGCCGCGGCGGGGGCCGCGGCGGCGGCGGCGAUAAUCAUGGUGACCAGCCAUGAGACCACCAGCUUCUUCGGCAUAGAGGUGGAGGCCAAGUACUCCUACACUCCAUCGUUCAUAUUCUUCGUGGUGGCAUUCGCAGUGACUUUCGCCUACAGCCUGCUCGUCCUCUUCGUGCGGCCGGGGAGCACCGCCUCCAGACUGGUGCUCCUGAGCGACGUGAUCGUGGGGAUGCUUCUCGUCGGCGCGGUGGCGGCCACCGGCGCGAUAGCGGGCAUCGGGAGGAACGGCAACACGCACGCCGGGUGGCUGCCCAUCUGCGGGCAGGUGCGGGCCUACUGCAGCCACGUGAUGGGGGCGCUGAUCGCCGGCUUCGUCUCGCUCGUCGUCUACUUCCUCAUCAUCAUGUACUCCCUCCACGCCGUCGCGGAGCCCCUGUGCUCCUGCCAUUAGAAGCCAUCCCGUCACCCUGCUUGUUCGUUCCGUCGUCUCCAGAUCGAUCGACCCGCCCACCAGUUAUGAAGAACUUAUAUGAUGCGUCGUCCGUUUCUUAGUAAUUUUGUUUAGGCACUGUCUGAGACAUGCUCUGGUCAUAUUCAUUUCGUAUGUGAUCGGUCGUUACCAUUAUUUCUCAUAGUAUAUUCAGGCAUUCAGCUGGGACAAAACCCUUCUCUUCUUUCUCAUGAUGAGUUGCAUUGGAAAUUUGAAGAGAAAAUGUUCCAAGAUGUUUCUGGGGACUGAAUGAUCCACUACUGUUGUUGUGAUGCUGU